AUGCGCCAACUUAUUGAAAGUUUGAGUUACUGGACAAUACGCAUGAUCCAAGGUUUUCUGGGAAGUGUUCAGACGUUGUCAGAGAAAACCAAAAUAACCAUCUCAAGUUUAUGGACAUUGCCUUUUGAUGAAGUUAAACAGGCUAUUCAACUAAGCAUUGAAGCAUGCGAACGAUGGAUAAAAUCUACUGAUUUAUUAACUCAACAAUUAUGGCCACGUUAUACACCACAUCCAUGGAAUGGUCCGUUACCAAAUUUGGCAUAUCUAAUCCAAUUUAAAAACCGAUUGAAUGAAAUACUUAACUUACGAGGUUUAUAUGAACAAUUAUAUUAUUUUACAACACCCAUUGAACACAGUCAAUUCAACAUGGAUUCUGGAUUACAUAAUAUUAUGUUUAAUACAUUAGAAUUUGACAAUCUUAAACAAGAGACAAUAUCACCAAUAUUAAAACAAUUUAUUAAUCCAUUAGCAUAUAAUCCUUAUACAAUUGAACAAUGGCAAUCUGUUAUACAAUUAAUUGAUAUACGUCUUCAACCAAUUGAAGAAUGUGCAAUUAAUAGAUUUCGAACAAAAUUACUAAGUUUAUCAAAUAAAGUUGAUUCUUCUGGUGUUACUUAUCCUAGUCGAAUGGUUGCAAAUCAAAUUUUGAUGGAAUUCCAAAAAUUUCAAUAUUUAAUUAAUCGUCCUAUUGCUGCAAAAAUUUUACAGUCAGAAAGAGAAUUACUUCUUGGUUAUUUGGAAGUUUCAUUGAAAGAGUUUCAUGAAGAAUUUCUAGCUAAAUCAAAUACUGUUAACUCAAAUCCACAUUAUCAUCAAGAACAAUCACAAAAAAAAUCUUCAAAAAUUGUAGUUAGAAAUAUUUCGGAUUGUAUAAAUCAUAUGCUUUGGGGAGGACAGAUGAAAUGUCGUAUACAAGAAGAAUUUAUGCUUGUAAAAUUUCUUUUGUCUGAUUUACAACGUUUCAGUGUAUAUGAACAGGAAGCGCUGAGUUUAAUUGAACAAAUUGAAGACUGGCACAAUGAACAAUUUCAAGCAUGGUCACGUGAUAGACUCUUAUCACUUUCGACAACAAAGGAAUCAAAUCAAUCCUCAUUAGCAUUUGAUCCUAAUGGUCCUCUGUUGAAUUUAUCUACAGUUGAUGGUCAUUUAGAAGUCGGAUUCCCAGAUGGUUUAGUGCAGUUACAACGAGAAGUGAGACUAUUGUCUGGAUUAGGCUAUCCGAUACCUUAUAAACUAAUACAAGCUACAAAUGAAGCUGAAAAGAUAUCACAAUAUGCAGUAAUGUUGAGACAGGUAGCUCAUUUCUAUAAUUCUAUUGAUAGUGAAAUGUUACCAUUUCAAAAACCUUUAAUGCUUAAUUCAGCAUUAGCAUUUGAACGUCUAAUUAAAUCAUAUAAUUGUAAACAAAAUUUCACUAAAGAAAAUUUAUUAAAUCCAGUUACAUGGAAUCAAACAGAGCAAGUACAACAAUAUAUUCAACAAUUACAACAAGCAACUCAACAAUUAAUCAGUGAAAAUCGUCGUCUACGUAAAGUACAUUAUAUGCUCAUAGAAAGAAUUAUCAAACUAUUGGAUAUUGAUUUACUACGUAAUCAAUCUAAAUGGAGAAAUGAAUUGAAUGAAAUGCGAUAUCAAUUAUCUGAAACUGCUACCAAUGGUGGCUAUCCAGCUAAUCAUAUGGCACCAUGGAGAGCAUUUCUAGAUCAUCAAUUAUACAAAGUAUUGGAAUAUCAAUAUAGAAGAGGAUUAGAAGAAAUUAGUGAACGAAUGCCUGAAAUGCGUGUUGAUAUGGUUUAUAUACAAUCAUGUUUAGCAUUUCGACCACCAUUUGAAGAAAUAAAAGCUAAAUACUAUCGUGAAUUAAAAAAGUUCAUUUGUAUUCCGAACAAUUUUCGUGGAUUCAAUGAAUUUAUUCCAUCUGUUGGUGAUAAUUACAGUAAUAAUAAUAGUACAGAUCGUAUGACUACUACUUCCAUAUCUAAUAUGAAUAAACAUAUAUUCUCAUGUAUAAUUGAUAAUCAAGAAAGUGGCUUACGUAUAUGCUAUAAAAAAGCUGAAUUCUUAUUUACUCGACUAUUUGGUAGUUUAGAACAAUUUCAAGAUUGGAUUAUAUUAGGUAGUUUAAAUUUAGACGAUUUUGUGGAUUUACAUUGUCGUGAUUUGGAUGACUAUGAAAGGAAUUUCAAGGCUCUGAAAAUACGUAGUCGUGAUGUGGAAAAAUUGCCAAAUGAAAUACGAAUUGAUUGUAUUAUAGUGAAUUGUUUACCAGUUAAAACAGCUAUUGACAGUUUACUUCAGAAUUUAUUCGACACACUGCAAAAUUGUCUCCGUAGAUCAAUUCAUGUUGAUUUAGUAGCUGCAGAUGGAUUUUUAACAGAUUCGUUAGAAAAGCUUUCCAGCCGACCUCAAACAAUUGAUGAAUUGAUUGCAGCUAAAUCACAAUACAAUGAGUACAGUAAAACAAUCAAUCAUUUAAAUGAUCAAAUUCAAUGUGCUGAAAGAAAAAAUCAACUACUUUGUACAGUAUCCGGUAAUGGUAUUACAACUAUAGCUGCAGUAAAAACGAAAUGGGAAAAAUUCAAUGCAUUGAUGGAAAGUUUUCAACUUAUGAUGAAUGAACAAUUAGAAAUUUUAAAGUUAAAUGUUAUCAAUGAAACAAAUGUUUAUUUUAAUAAUUUGGAACGUUUUAAAAAUCGUUGGAAUCAACUUAAACCAGGCAAAAAUGUAUUAGAUUCUAAUAAUAAUGAAUUAUGUCAAUCGGCUGUAACAAUGAUCAAAGAAUAUGAAACUGAAUUUCGUGAAUUUGAAUUAAUGCGUCAAAAGUUAAUACGAGAUUAUGAGUAUUUCGAUAUGCCUAAACCAGAAUUUUCAUUGGUUAGUGAAUUAGCCAAUGAUUUAAAUGAAUAUUCACUUAUGUGGUUAGAAUAUGAUCAUUUUUCUAAGGAACUUCAAAACUAUGCCAAAGAAGAUUGGAUAUCAUUUAAAUCACGUUAUUAUGUAUUUGAAGAAUUUCUAACAGAAUGGUCUAAUAAACUUCGUUCUUUACAACCAACUCCAAUGACUGUUCGAUUACAAAAAGAAAUUGAUGGACUUAUGGAUCUUAUACCUGUAUUGAAAUGGCUAAAAGGUGAUCAUCUAACUAGAGAUCAUUGGUUUGAAUUAUUUCGUUUAAUUGGAUUAUCAAAAGAAUUAAAAUUAGAAAAUUUAUUAUUUGGUGAUUUUUUUCCAGUUAUACCUAAUAUAAUUAGUCAAUCUGAUAAGCUAAAAUCUCUUUCACAACGUGCACAAGCUGAAAUUGUUGUUAGAGAAGCUUUACAAGAAUUAGACUUAUGGGGUUCUGGUACUACAUUCACACUAACUGAAUAUAUUGAUAGUUCUGGACAAAUUGUGUACUUGGUAAAAGAUUGGAAAGAAAUUGUUAGUCAGGUUGGUGAUAAUCUGGCUUUAUUGGCUUCAUUACAAGAUUCUCCAUAUAUUGAUAAUUUUUUGGAUAGAUCCAAUGCUUGGGUACAACGUUUAACUGACUUGGAUUAUUGUUUGACUAGAUUUCAAUUAGUACAACGUAAAUGGGUUUACUUAGAACCAAUUAUGGGCCGUGGUGCAUUGCCAAAAGAAACUGCACGAUAUGCACAAAUCGAUGAAGAAUUCCGUAAAUUAAUUGGUUAUUUGAAAGUAGAUAAUCGUGUUAUUAGUUUAGUUAAUGGUAUGAAAGGUAAAGCUUUGAAGGAUACAUUAAAUAAUUUACAGGAACAAUUAACUCGAUGUCAACGUGCAUUAAAUGAAUAUUUAGAAGAGAAACGUAGUAGAUUUCCACGUUUUUAUUUUCUUGGUGAUGAUGAUUUAUUAGAAAUAUUAGGUCAAUCAACUAAUCCAAAUAUUAUACAAACACAUUUAAAGAAAUUAUUUCAAGGAAUACAUUCAGUGCAAUUCAAAAACCAUCAUCAUCCCCAUCAACAACAACAAAAACAAGAUCAUAAUCAAAAUACUGAAGAUUUAAAAAUGGAUCCAAAUAAAUUAUCAACAAAUAUUAUAGCAAUAUGUUCAUCUGAAGGUGAAAUUAUCCAAUUACAAAAUCAGUUCAAUUAA